AUGAUGCCUGCUGAUGUCUUUGUCAUGCGACCAGAAUUUGCAGAGUAUGGCAAAAGUCGAUUUGGACCAAAUUUGCGCAACCUUCAAAAAGCUAUUGCACGAGACUACAACAGAAUGUCCAAGGAUUGCGAGUACUUUGGCAAUGAUAUGUCUGUGUUGUUGGAGCAACGAAAGGAUAACCCUCCUAUCAAGAGAUCGUGGCACACAUCUGAAGCUAAGACGCUCCUUCAAGAAGAUAUCGACAAUGGGGUUCAUUUGUCAAUUGACCCAGAGACUGGCACGAAAAUAGAGCCAAAAGCAAUAUACCAGUUGAGACCCGAGUAUCGAGAGUUCAGUCUUAAAGUGUUUCGCAAUCAUAUCUAUCAAGAAGUGAAGAGACGCGAAAAGAUGGAGUCGAAGCAUUGA